AUGGAAAGAGGAGUUCCGAGAAACGGGGUCAACAACACCAAACAUCACAGAACGGGGUCAACAACAUCAGACAUUACAGAUGGGGGUCAACAACAUCAGACAUCACAGAAAGAGGUCAACAACAUCAGACAUCAUAGAACGGGGUCAACAACAUCAAACAUCACAGAAAGGGGUCAACAACAUCAAACAUCACAGGAAGGGGUCAACAACAUCAAACCUCACAGAUCGGGGUCAACAACAUCAGACAUCACAGAACGGGGUCAACAACAUCAAACAUCACAGAAAGAGGUCAACAACAUCAGACAUCACAGAACGGGGUCAACAACAUCAAACAUCACAGAAAGGGGUCGACAACAUCAGACAUCACAGAAUGGGGUCAUCAACAUCAGACAUCACAGAUCGGGGUCAACAACAUCAGACAUCACAGAUCGGGGUCAACAACAUCAGACAUCACAGAACGGGGUCAACAACAUCAAACAUCACAUAACGGGGUCAACAACAUCAGACAUCACAUAA